UCUGAGCAAGAGGCAAGCUGGAGAAGCUUCUUCUCAACAAGGCAAACAGCAGAGCUCUGUGAAAACGACUUUAUCGACCCGUGCUCAACAUCAACCUGCGGCCGAAGAGCGACGUUCCAACCUCCCGGAGUCGCUACUUAAAUGUUCCUAUGGAUUACUAGCACGCUUUCGUCGAAAAACGGACGCGUUUCUCAACUUGGCACCGCAGCCUCAAAUCCGCCACACUGGUCACCUCGAGGAUUCGUAGGGAGAUGAAGACUCUGGAGGAACCACCUUACUUGACAGUAGGGACUGAUGUGAGUGCCAAGUACCGAGGGGCUUUCUGUGAGGCUAAGAUUAAAACGGCCAAACGUCUAGUCAAGGCGAAGGUGACCUUUAAGUCAGACCUGUCCACGGCUGAGGUCAACGAUGAAAGCAUCAAAGGACCACUAAAGGUGGGUGCCAUUGUAGAAGUGAAAAAUCAGGAUGGAGUUCACCAGGAGGCCACAAUCAAUAAGCUGACCGACGCAAGUAUUUACACAGUCGUGUUUGACGAUGGUGACGAGAAGACCUUAAGGCGUUCCUCUCUCUGCCUUAAAGGCGCCCGCCAUUUUGCAGAGAGCGAGACGCUUGACAGACUCCCUCUCACCAAUCCUGAGCACUUUGGCACACCAGUCAUCGGCAAAAAGGGUAACAGGGGCCGCCGAUCCAACCCAAUCCAAGAGGAAGACUCUUCUUCAUCCUCUAGUGAAGAAGAGGAGAGUGAUCAACGACAGAAUGAAGAUCUGUUUGGUAAAGUGGUCUGUGUGGAAGGAGUGGCCAUGGGGGAUAAAAAGAAAACCACGUGGUAUCCUGCAUUGGUCACCUCCCCCGACUGCCACGAUGACAUCACAAUAAAGAAGGAAAGCUUAUUCGUCCGCUCUUUCAAAGACGGAAAAUUUUAUAUGGUGCUACGGAAGGAUGUUCGAGAAAUCGACACAAAUUGUCCCCCGAAGGCAGAUGCAGCGCUGAAGCCAGCGCUGGAUGCAGCCUUGGAGUUCCAGCAGCAGUUAGUCAUCCCUGGCACCUGGAAGACUGAAGUGAAAGAGGAAAGCUCAGGCAGUGAGGUGGAGGAUGAUGAUGAAGAGGAGGAACAAGAAGAAGAUGCCAGUGGGGAAGAAGAAGAGGAGGAAGUGGAACCCUAUCCCGAAGAGAGGGAGAACUUUCUUCAGCAGCUCUACAAGUUUAUGGAAGACAGAAGAACGCCCAUCAACAAGCGGCCAGUUCUGGGUUACCGGAAUCUCAACCUGUUCAAGCUCUAUAGGCUAGUCAACAAACUGGGAGGCUUUGACAAUAUUGAAAGUGGCGCCGUUUGGAAGCAAAUCUACCAGAACCUUGGAAUCCCAGUGCUCAAUUCAGCUGCUGGCUACAACGUCAAAUGCGCUUACCGCAAGUACUUAUAUGGCUUUGAAGAAUACUGCACUUCCACUGCCAUCACAUUCAAGAUGGACCUCCCUUUGAAGCAGGCCCCCAAGGGAGAGGUGAUGUGUGUCGGUGAGGGAGGAAACACAACCACCACAUUUACCAGCCAAGAGGAGGAGAAAGACCAUGGGAACGGCGACCCAAUCAGCAAACAAUUUGUAGUCUGCAAGGAGGAGAAACUUGAAUUGGAUCCAAACAAAAGUGAUGGCACAACUUCAAAAGCUGAGGAAAAGGACAGUAAUGGAAACAACAAUAAGGAUGAGGAGGAGGAGGAGGAGGAGGAGGAGGAGGCGGAGGAUGAGGAAGACAGUAGCCCUAAAACAGGAGACGCAGAUGAAGGCUCUUCAACAUUUCACCUCAGCAUUAAACAGGAGCAUGACGAGGACCGGGAGAGCAAGGACAACUCUGGGGAUGACAACAGUCAGGAGGGGGAGGAAGGGGAAGAGUUUGAGUGUUACCCCCCGGGGAUGAAGGUGCAGGUGAGGUAUGGGCGAGGCCGCAGUCUGAAGACGUACGAGGCCACUGUGAAAGAGGCAGACGUGGAGGGGGGAGAGGUGCUCUACCUGGUGCACUACUGUGGCUGGAACAUCAGAUAUGAUGAAUGGAUCAAAGCAGACAAGAUUGUUCGCCCAGCCAAUAAGAAUGUACCAAAAAUAAAGCACCGUAAAAAAAUAAAGAACAAAUCUGAGCGGGAGCGAGACCGGUUGGAGAGGCUCAGUGACAGAGAAGUCCUCUGUCCUCCACUCAACAAUAAUCGUGUCCCUCGCUCUAAGUGUGACCUUAGUCAGGAUGUCUUUUCCAAGCUGGAUCAGGGUAAGGACCAAGGGACUCAGCAGCAAUCUCCAGCCAAGUCGAUAGAGAUUACUUCCAUCCUCAAUGGUCUGCAAGCCUCUGAAUUGUCCUCAGAAGAAAGUGAUCAUGAGGGUGAUGGAGAGCGUAAUAUACAAGACAACAACGUUUGCAGAGAUCUAAAGGGCUCAUCCGAGCUUCAGAAAUCCUCAGAACGGAGUACAAGUUGUACGCCACCCAAUGAAUCCAAACUUUUUGCAGUCUCAGGGAAGAACCAGGAGAUAAUCAGUGGGGAAUUGGGGAAGCGUAAACUGGAUUUCAUUGGGGAGGGAGGCACCAGAAAGAGGAAAUCUGAGGGGGGAGCAGAUAGGACUCUGAAAAACCAGUCCAAAGCUAAAAGGGCCACAAGGAGUUCAGACUGGUUGCCUGCAGGCACUUCCAGGAAGCUGGAGGAGAGGAGUGCUGGUGCCAUGGAAGAGAGAGGGGCCUCUUCUAGCAACAGUUCAGAUGAUGAGGGAGGAGCAGGUUCUGGUUCCCAGGCUGAGUGCAGUGAACGAGCUCACCCCAAAACCAAAGGUUCCCCGUCCAAGAAGUACAAUGGGACAAAGGACAAGAGUAAAUCCAGCAGACAAGCAGGGUUCUGGGACAUUCCUGAAAAGAGAGCCAAGCUGUCUGGGAAUGGAGAGGAUAAACCGGCUGUGCGCGCUAAAGGCCAAAAAGACGUGUGGUCCAGCAUUCAAGCGCAGUGGCCAAAGAAGACUCUUAAAGAGUUGUUUUCUGAUUCAGACACAGAGGCUGCUAAUUCUCCUCCUCCACCUGCACCCUCUAGCCUGGAAGAUACAAGCGUCGACCAGGAAGCAGGACCUGAGGACGAUGCCUCGGAAGAGCACAUCGAUCAUAACAAACUGCAAGAGUUCCCCAGCAGUGGCAGUAACUCGGUACUCAACACACCACCCACCACACCAGAGUCCCCCUCAGGUAGAGGCAGUGCAUUGGAAGACUCCGGCCAAGCGCCGCAGCCUUCCCCACUGGCGCCGCCCACACCCCCUGGUCUCCUUCCAGUUUCAUCUUCUGCAAAUGUCCUGCCUGGGCUGGCGCAGGAGGAAGUGGCAUGUCGGCGCAGCGAGAGUGACUGCAGCACAGUAGAAGUGGAUAGUCUGGGUGGGGAGCUGCCAGACCUUCCUCAGGUUGGAGGGCCAGGCUCCCCACCAAAAGUCUUUGAUGCCCCGCUCUCGUCCAACAGCAGCAGCAACUGCAGCCUGGAGAUGAGCAGCAGCAGCCAGCAUGAGAUUGAGCAGAAGUCCAAAGCAUCUGUGAGUCAGAAACGGCAGAAAGAAUCACAGACAUGUGGAAUAUCAAAGAAACACAAGCCAAACCGCAAGAGCCUUGGGGUGCCUCCUAAAAAGAAUCGGAAAACAGCCAACAGCAGUGACAGUGAAGACCAGUCUUUUGUGGAAGGCUGUGCCAAACCAGCCCCCACCAAAAAUGACACAUCGGACAUCAAGGUUGCAGUUUCGCCCAAGUGUCGCGGCCGAUCUCCCCCCUCAAGCCAUAAGUACCACAAGCAGGGUGACGCCGAGCACUCGCAGCACCGGGAACAUCACGGAAGAUCGCCGCGGGUUUACAAGUGGAGCUUCCAGAUGUCUGACCUGGAGAAAAUGAGUAGUCUGGAGAGGAUCUCAUUCCUUCAGGAUAAGCUUCAGGACAUCAGGAACCACUAUCUCUCCCUCAAGUCUGAGGUUGCCUCCAUCGACAGACGGCGAAAGCGCAUGAAGAAAAAGGAACUGGAAAGCACUGUGGCCGCGUCCUCUUCAUCAUCCUCCUCUUCACCGUCCUCAAGCUCACUGACAGCAGCAGUCAUGUUGACGCUGGCUGACCAACCAGUGUCUUCAUCCUCCUCCUCUUCCUCUUCCUCCUCACAGAACUCUGGGGUAUCAGUAGAGUGCAGGUGACAAGAUGUAGCAGCAAGGAGUCCCCACACUAAGCACUUAACCAGCACCCUGGGGCCACUGCCCCCAUUCCCUUUCCACAGGAUGAACAAGUCAAGCUGCAGACUGUAACGACUUGGGCACAGCACCAGAUCACACACACACACGCACACACACACACGCACACACACACACACACGCACACAAACACACAAACAAGAAACAAGCACUAUUUUGUAAUGACAACUGUUUUCUUGGCAAGCUAAUGGCACUUAAGUGCACUUUUAUGAUGAUAGCGUAGGGAAGUGGAAUUUGCCUACAAAUAUCCACAAUUGUCUUUUUUGCUCUACUUAAUUCUAAUUGAAUAUUUUUAAGGCAACAUUUUUGCAAGCAAUAAGUGUUUGAAUUUGAUAAAUGCAUUGGUAAGGGGUGUUUUCCACUCGACUCCCUCCUGUGCUCUCUCCUCUUAGCUCAACAUGGCGCCUGCUGCCUGAGCUCACUGUUUUAAUUGAGAAAUUCAUAUGAACAUUGCCACAUUGGCAGUAAGGGCAAACUAAAUGUUGAACUUAAUCACGUUCCCUGUCCACCACCAUCAUAAAAAAAGGCCUUCUUAGGGCUACAACUCACUUGAUAAUGCUCAUACAGUAUCUUCCGCAGGCAUGCACAUGUUUGCAUUGAGUCUGGGAAGGUCACUGGUAGCCACAGUGGAUGGGUUAUGUUAUGAUACUGUAGUGCCUUUUAGUCCUUUUCCAUGUGGCACUUGGAGGAAGGACAGAACUUUUUCCUGCUCCUCCUCCUCAAAUCAGAGGGUUGCCUGAAAUGUUAUUCCUCACGAAAGACUAAAUAAUGCGGUGUGAAUGACUGAGUGUGUGAAUGUCUGUGUACGUAAAGACAGUUGAAUGAUGGAUAGUGAUGGCUUUUAUCAGAAUAUGGUAAUAUUUAAAUGUAGAACUAUACUGGAUCACCUGUAACCUACUACUGAAUACUUAUCCAGCUUGGGUAUAAACCGUGCAAUGAUAAUGAACGCAAUGGAUUACAUGACUUCACUUCAUUUGCCUUUUUUUUUCUUUCUGUCUCCAUUGUUAAUGAGUUGUCAGUCUUUUUGUCUCAACUGAAGACUUGACGCAUGUCUCCAACUGGAUCAUUGACUUGAAAAUAGCCAUAAGAGGUAUUCACAGCCUAAAUGAAGCUGAAUCCCCUGUGUACAGUGUUCCAAACAGCAUGAAGUUCUUAUUUUCAAUGUGCUUUGUUUUCAUAACAUUUUCAUAGCAUCCCCUUGACUAUCAUUCUUAUAUCAUAUCCACUGUCACACUCCUUCUCAUACUCACCCUUACCAAAAAGGAAAAAAAAACAUUGUUUUUUCAUGUACUAAGACCAGGAUAAUGGUAAAGAUAUUGUAAAUGUGCAUUUAUAUUAUACAGUGAUGUAUAUGGAUACAUUUUCUCCAGUGUUUCCUUUGUAUAGAUCCCUACUCAAUGAUAACCUGAAGUUACAUUUUGUUUAGCACCUGUAUGUAAUUGUAUGCUUUUGUUAUAGAUUUGUAUAUUGAGAGGUGUUUUGAGUCAAGCUAUUUAAUAUCUUGCACUGUUAAUAAUGUACUUUUAUGUACAGACAGUUUUAUGGUUUUAACUGUAGUUUGUGUAAAUAAUGACAGUCACAGCAUGUUUGUUCUUCUUCAUUCUCCCCAAAACCUGCCUUGAAAAAGGUUGUACCCCUUGAACAUGUUCACAUACUCUGACCUUUCAAUCAUAAACCUGAAUGUAUUUUGUUGAGAUUUAAUGUGAUAGACUAACACAGAGUAUUAAUCUAAAAAGUGGGGUGUACAUCGUGUCCAGUCUCGUGUACUCUGAACCCCCCGAAAGCAGUCGACUCUCUUUAGAAAUCCCCAAAAACUCGCACUACUUAUCACCCUGAAGACACCAUCAUGCUGUGGGUAUGAUUUUAUACACCAUGGAUAAGGGAGCUAGUGAGAGUUUAUUGAAACUUGGAUGACGCUAAAUAAAGCACAAGACUGGAGGCUGUAAAAGAUUCCAGAAUGAGAAGCGGAUUCAUCUUCCAGCAAGACAAUGGCCCGAAACCUGAAGCCAGAGAUACAGUGGAGUGCGUUAAAUCGCGGAAGAAUCGUGUUAAAAUGUCCCGGUCAAAGUCCAGACCUAAAUCCUAUUGAGUGUCUGUGGCAAGACACUCCCGUGGAAAUUUCUGUUCAUGAAUGCUCUCCAGCCAAUCUGGCUGACUUUGAGCUAUUUUGCCAAAAAUGGGCAACAAUUUCAGGGUCUAGCCGUGCAAAGAUGGUUGAGCCAUACCCCAACAGCUGCAAGUGCUGUGAAAAGUGGCUCUACCUAAGUAGUGAUGCGGGGGGUAAAUACAAAUAAAUGCUCACCAUAUUUUACACGUUUUUAUUUGCUUAACAUUUUGAACACAAUUGUUUCAAUUUUCUUUCACUUAACUACGUAGUACAAACACAACACACCACAAAAACAUUUACCUUUGUGGCUGUAAGGUGCAAAAAUGAAAAACAGUUCAAGUGGUACAAAUACUUUUUCAAAGCACUGUAGGUUUUCUCGUGACAGAUGUUUUUUUUGUAAUUUGCCAAUUUUUUUUCUGACUCUUGUUCAUUUGAAUUGUCCCUUCAUAUUUCGUUUUUCUUUUUUUCACGUACUUUGUAUUCAAUUUGAGUUCAUUAGCUUGUGCUUGUAAGAGAAGAAUGGUGGUUUUAAAUGAGAUUUACCAGUUUUCCAAACUACAUGGAAAAUGGUUCUAUACUACGAUAAAGGAGCUUGUUAAAAUAGUAUUUAUUAGGCUCAUCCAAUGACGGCCAUUAUGUAAUUUAUUGUAAAAAAAAAAAAGCAAAGCAAAACCCUCUGUUUGAAAUAAAUGCCAUAGUUUGUGAAGUA